AGGAUGCUUUACGAAUGGCUUGACAGUGUGGAAGUACAGAUGGAGUUAAAACACUUGCUCGGCCAGGGCACGAAGAUCAACGAUAUGAGGUUUAGACUUAGACUCCACACAGCACCAAGCCCAGCAGCCACCGGUUUGAGAUACGUGCGCAUCUUGGCCAACCUUCUCGAGGAGAUUGAUUGUGUUGAGCACCCGUCCAGACUUGGCUCACCUGGAAGCUAGGGGGGUCCAUCACAGGCCCACCGGCAGACCAUUUCCCACUGAGUGUGUAUAUAUAUAUAUAUGGGGAAAGAGAGAGAGAGAGAGAGAGAAAAAGGUGAGCAGGGUGUAUGAGUUUUUUGGUUUUCCCGCGAUAUCACUUUCUUAUCAAAUUUAAUCGGUAAUAUUCAAUAACAAAUGUCAAUCGAAAGGUUGCAUUCCUGUUCCCCUCUUGUGAGGCCUGGGCCUAGGCGGAAGCCUGUGGUCCUUGGCGUGCUACGGGCUUUGUGUGGUUGUCGGAGCGUCCGCCAAAGUGGCGCGGCUACCAGACCUGGAGGCUUUGACAGUGGCAGAUGUGGUCGUGCUUCUGGGAGGCAUCUCCAGGCAUCCUUCCCGUGAUGUCCAGCAGCAGCUGACAGACGCUGCAAAGGAGGUGGCGGUUGUGCUGCAGUCCCGAGGGAACGUUCUGGUGCCGUUGAACGGCUCACCAGAGGAUUUCACCGAAGAGCUGACCGAGUGCAUCGCCAAAGCCAUCUCAGAAUUGGAGAAUCAGGGGCCCAUCUUUGCCAUCAGCACGCCUGCUCGAUCUUUGAGGCGCUGUGGUCGUUGGGCCGAGUGGACUUCCAAGAAGGGUCAGGAACGUGCUCGCGUCGGAGAGCACCCGUUCCUUGUGGAUGCGCUGAGGGAGAGUGGCCGCCUUGUAUUGGCUGAGACGAUCAAUGACCUGACCGACGCUUAUGAGGAGCCAUGUGUUGUCUUGGCUCCCAUCUCUCUGAAGCGGCACUUCGAGAAGCUUUGGGACUCACAGAAAGCCUCCAGGCGACUCUGCUGGUUGGAUGUCCAAGGAGUUUUGCCAGGUGUUGGCAACGCAAUACAGCCUUAUAUUUCCGCAACAGAAUUAGCCAGGACUUGGUCUUCGUGUGCCCGACCACCGAAGUUGAUCGUGCCGAAGGGUCGAGUUCCGUUACCACCAGAGCUCACCUCCUGCAAGGCGGUGGAGCUCAUGGUGCUUGACUCUGGUCUUCUAGAGGUGCCACUGGAUUUGGACCGGCCCCGCGUGAAGUGCUGGCUGCCGCGAGACCACCUGGCAGUGGCACGAAAACAGGGACGCAAACGGCCGGCAGAUGUGCUACCUCUACAUGGCACCUUCAUUGGCAACACCAGGCCGCGGAUCGCACCACGCCAGCCAGAAGCCGAGCUCCUGGCUGGGGCUGUGGAGGUCAAGGCCUUUCAGGAUGCCAUGCGGAAAGCGGGGCUGGUAGUGGAAGGGAGUGGAGAAGUGCUGAACGUACCUUCUUUGGAUGCAAGGAUCUUGCUCAACCAGCCUAGUGGCAUUGCUUUGGAGACCAUCGUGGAGUGCAAGAGUGCCGACGGACGUCGAAGGAUCGCAGAAGUUCUGGAUUCCGUGCUGAUGGCCUUGUAGCUUGUGGCCGCGCAAUCCCAUGUUAAUGCGGGCCAACAGAUUGUAGAGCUUUAGCUUUGCUGUGUGCAGAGCUGUGAUGCCGAAGUUUAGUUGAAACAGCUCGCGAGGCU